AUGAGUAGAAAAGGAGUUAUAGCCAAAAGAGUGAAGACUGCUCCAGACGGCCUAUCGAGAAUCAGCGCCCGAACCGCGCAGUCCGGCUGGCCGAGGAACGAAUGUUCCGCGCUCGGCCAAAACCGUGUCCGUCCGAGUCUGCCAAAGUCUCGGCCAAAGUACGACCCGGGAAACAUUGUCCCGCGGUCGGCCAGCCACAACGUCACGCCACGCCGCGCACGACCAGGCGCGCGAGCCGGGAAACAAAGCCUCGCGGCCGCGCAACCCGUUCCGCGUACCACGCCGAUGCAUCCGUCCGAGCCGGGAAAGAACGUCCCACGUCCGGCCGAGAAACCAUCGGCCAAAUCUUCAUCCGCCCGACCAAGCCGGCCGACCAUGAAACGAUCCGGCCACGAGAAUCAACAUGGUUCUUGUUGCUCCAUCAAUCUCACCCUAAUGCACAAGAGAAUCUAA